AUGCAAAAGGUUCCUUAUGCAUCAGCAGUAGGAAGUCUAAUGUAUGCUCAGGUUUAUACGUGUCCAGAUAUUGCGUACAUAGUUGGAAUGUUGGGCAGAUAUUUAAGCAAUCCUGGAAUGGAUAAUUGGAAAGCAGCAAAACGAGCCAUGCGGUAUCUACAGAGAACAAAACAUUACAUGCUCACAUACAGAAGGUCGGAUAAGUUAGAGAUCAUUGGGUAUUCAGACUCCGACUUUGUAGGAUGUCAAGAUAGCAUGAAAUUUACAUUAGGCUAUAUCUAUUUGCUUGCUGGAGGAGCUAUCUCAUGGAAGAGUGCUAAACAGACAAUCAUAGCUUCUUCCACCAUGGUAGAUUGGAAUAGAAAGACCACUUAA